ACGAAUCGCACGCCCCUUCUUCAGUGCUCUCAUCGCAAAGCGUCGUUCUCGCGAACUUCCGAGCCAUCGUCUUGUCGGCGUAUCAAACACCACCACUUCGGCUCUCUCUCUUGCUUUCGUAUCACCAUGCCUACUCACAAGCGCCACACUCGUGCUUCGACUCGUGUUGUCACUGACUUUGAAGCAAAGCUUCAUGAUCGUCUCCCCCAUCCUAAAAUUGUCAAAGGGUUCUCACCAGCAGAAUGCAGACGAGGUUUCUUUCAUCAGCGGAAAGGAUGCGGCAUGGUCUCUCGGCCGCAGGUGCAUCCGCCUUACCCGCACUUGGUGUCCGAGGUGAUAUUUGAGCCAGACUACGGAAGCCUUCCAGGAGUGCCUCUAGUUGAGGCCUUGUACGGACAAGGCCUAAAAUCCGUGAUGUUCGAGGGCAACCCACCGAAACCUGGAAACAUGCACUUCGAACUCUAUUGGCCAGGCUUAGACGAGGAUCUGGGUCACCCAGAAAUACUUCCUGGCGUCUACGAUCCAGUGGACACGUCACUAUGGGCGCGGCUCGCGUACUGGAUUGCUCUAUUGUAUCAAGAAUUCUUUGAGGGUGAGGGCAAGAUGGGCGAGACUCGUAACUCCCGCUUCCGGAUACAGAAUGCUCAGUGGCCGAAGGGCUACACUUUUGAGGAUAUACGGUUGGUCAGCAUCUACUCGCUCGAUGGCGUAUCAUGGUGGCCACAUCUUGGCCUGGCGAUGAAGUAGACUUGGCGAAUUGGAGGGCUUCCCGUUCAGCUCAGAGUCAGCGGCUUCUCGGAUUGCUUGAGGCGGUGUCUUUUCCGGGCUUACUGUUCUAGAGUGGCGCUCCUUUUGACUGUCUGAAUGUUCCAGCUCUGGUUGUGAUUUCUUUUCUCAUCGUCUCUUCGCUGGAUGUCGUUCCAUCAUCACGAUCUCACUGACGACCUCAAAAUGUACUCUUCGAUUUAAAUAUUUCUUCACUUUUCCUGUACUUUACCAUUCUCAUGGUUGAGAGGGCGGCGCCGCAGCCAUUGUAUCUUAAUGCAUGGAUUGAGAGUCUCCAUCAUCGACGUGGACCGUAGUGUUUUUGUCGUCAUCAUU